GUUCUGAGCACUCUUUUAUUCGAAAAGAAGGAAAAAAUAUGUUUCUCUAUACUCUCUUUCUUCAUGUCUUUUAAUCAAUCUUAUAGUAGCGAUAGCAGGAAUAAACCAGUUUCGGAUGAUCAACACAUUGAUUUUUCCAUGGACGAAUUCUGCAAUCUUUUGUUACAACCUCCCAUCGAAUCCAAAUUGUAUAAAGUAAUACCACUUGUAUAUCCUUAUUUGUCAACAGUCGAUAUCUUGGUCUGUGCCAGUGCUAGCUCCACAUUGAACCAUGUAUUUGACUGCGUGUAUAACAAACCCAAUUUCCAACAACUCUCUUAUAUCCACGAUGCACUCUUCAUGUUCAACAAGUUCCUCUUUCAUUUACCUAAAAUCAGAGAGAAGAAUCUAUCAAAAAUCGAAGCGUUAGAUUUAUCCAAUAUUCAGGAGACCUUAUAUGAUCCAGUCAACCCAAAUUUCUUUCGUAUUCUUGUGCAGUACUGCCGUAAGCUCCUCAUACUCGACCUGUCUCAUUCCGACUUCUUCAUGCAUAAAUCCUUACCCAAGCACCACUGGCAAUUACCUCAUUUGACUGUCUUGAAUCUCUCUGAUUGUUCACAGGUCACGGACGAAAUGCUUGUCAGUAUCGCAAGAAGUUGUCGGGCAAUAACCCAUGUCGCAUUGGACAAUCUUACACGACAUAAAGGUCAAGGUUUGGCAGCGUUUGCUUCUGACUGUGAUUCCUUGACCUCCGUUUCGGUACGGUUUAAUACAGCCAUGGAAGACCAAGCAUUAACUGCGCUAGCCAAAUUUCGGCAUAUUCGAUUAUUUACAUUAGACUUGACGGGGUGUAAAAAAAUCACGUCAGUUGGGUUGACCAUGAUAGCUCGUUACUGUGCUCAUUUAACAAGACUUUCAUUAUCACAAACGGUGUGUACAUUAAUCGAAUUACGUAAAUUUACCUGUAUUUUACGAAGUACGCAUGUGCUCGAUAUCUCUGGAUGUAAGCAACUAGAUAAAAAUCAAGUAGCCGAUUGGAUUUGUAACAGCCAGUUUCUCAAACUUAAAGAAAUAACAAUGGAUACAAGUAUAGCGAAUGCCAUUGUUCAGUUUCAAGGAAAAAAUAAUAAUGCAACGACUGUACCUCAUGUGACAAAUCUGACUUUGACGCAGUUGGCAGAACGUACACCCAUGAGUUGUUUGUAUGAGCUCUUGACUGUAUUUCCUAGUUUGGAGCGUGUUUCAUUCCAGCGGGCCUACUUUGAAACGGAUUUUAUGUUAGGGACGUAUCGUGCACCUUCACCAGAAGAUGAAGCUUAUAUUACAGAUGAAAACCUUGAGAGAUAUAAUCGUACACAAACUGGCGUUCAUGCUGUGAUGUUGAAAGAAGAAGACCAAAACCUUUUGCACUGGUGAAAUUUUUGUGACUUUGGCUUAAUAGGAGUCACGUUACAUAAAUUUUUUUUUUUUUUCCUUUGGGUAUAAAUGAAGAUUCUUUUGUUGAUCCUAAAACUUUUUUUUUUUUUUACUUUAUUAAACUUAUUUUGGUAUGUACUUUAUAUAUAUAUAAAAGAAAAAGAGUGG